CCACAUUAAGCCGCAGCGAUGACGAAAGAAAUCGCUUUAACGACCAAGGUCCAGCAGGGGACGCCGUAUCAGCUCGAUCCCAAUCAGACCCUCAAAGCAGCUCAAGCCCUUGUCAGUCACAUCCAGAAAGAGCAGAAGCGCCUUGAGAGCGCAUCCGAGAAAAAGGACCUCCUAGCCACCGGCGACGGCGAAGACGAAGCACACGAGAAGGUCCCCGUCUGGCUCAUCCUGGGAACGAAGAAAUUCAUACAAGACCAGAAGCGCCUGAAGCCCUCAAAGAUUGCUCUACCCCACCCAUUCGGCUCUCCCGAUGCGAGAGUGUGUUUGAUCACGGUGGACCCUCAGCGCGCCUUCAAGAAUCUGAUCGCUGAACCGACUUUCCCAGCCUCUGUUUCUUCCCGAAUUUCUCGAGUCAUUGGUAUUAGUAAAUUGAAAGCUAAAUAUAAGAGCUACGAAUCCCGGAGACAACUCUUCGCCGAGUACGACGUCUUCCUCGCCGAUGAGAGAAUAGUGACAUUUUUAGUUGCUACGCUGGGAAAGAUCUUCUACGGUACAACUGCAAAGAAACCACUGCCUGUCAACUUGACGGCCGGAGUGAAGACUCAGAAAGACGAGAAUGGGAAGAAAUCCAAAGUCGGUGUCAAGAAGGGUGAGACGGUAGUUGGAACCCCAGAGGCGGUUGGAAAGGAAAUUGGGGCAGCUCUGAACGCUGCACUCGUUCACAUCAGCCCAAGCGUGUCUACCGCUAUUCGAGUGGCCACGGCGGAUAUGGCUCCCAAGGACAUCGCCGAGAACGUGGAGGCAGUGGUCGAAGGCUUGACAGCUAAAUUCGUGUCAAAGGGAUGGCGGAACGUGCGGAGCGUGCAUAUCAAAGGUCCUAACACGAUGGCUCUACCAGUCUGGCUGGCGGAAGAGUUGUGGGUUGAGGAUGCAGAUGUGCUGGAAGAGAAGUGGAAGCCGAAGGAGUUUGUCAGGGAAGAGGGUCUCAGCAAGAAGAAGCGGAAGUGGGAAGAAUGGGAGGACGAGAUGCUUGACGAUGAUGAGAAGGUCCUUAUUCGGGAGAGGAAGCCGAAGAAGUCGAAGAAGGUCAAGAAGCCGGAGGCGGACAAGGCCGUCGUAGAUGACCUUGCCAAAGAGACCGCAUCGCGGAAGCAGAAGCUCAAGGAGCAAAAGACAGAGGCUUUGAAAGCGAUUGAAGCACCUCCGAUCAAAGCGCCGGAGGUGAUCGAGAAGAAGAAGAAGUCAAAAAAGCGGCAAGCUGUGGCGGCGUAGUGUGUUCCACGGCUAGGUUUGUCGGAAAAUGGCGUUAUGGAUACGAUAUCAUGGCAACUGUGAGGUAGAAAUACUGUUCAUUCUCUUCCCAUCUUCAUACACAUUGACUAUACAUUUCGUGCCGGGCUGUCCUCAAGCAUGAUGCAAAGCCCCUGACUCCAACUCCUAACCGUUCCAGUACAUCUCGCUUUCACAGCUCGAUCUGGCCUCCUUCCUUUUGGACCGUGAGCUCUUUCGAUUUCCCGUGGACUGGACCAUAAUAGGUCUUGAACACAUCAAUCAACACCUUGUCGGUCAAUUGCAUGUGUCCGCCUUCCGUCUCCUUGAAGACUAGUCCUCCCUUCUCAUCCAACUUCUUCAACCCAAUCCAAUCUUCUUUAUAUAUCGUCCGAUUCCGCAAUGGCUCCACAACCCCAGACGUUAGGUUCGUCACCUGCGCGAACCACCCGGACGCUUUGGGGAUAACGGUCGUAUCGUCCU